AUGUCUGUUACCAUGACGCUGGUGGAGAUGGAGGAGGAUUUCACGGACCUCACCAUUCCCGCUGAUUACAUCAAAUUCUAUGGCGACCCUCUCAGUCUCGUCGCCGGCCUAGACUCUACACCAACGCAGUGGAAGGGAAAAGGCAAGGCCGUGGGGCCUUCCGUCGACGACGAACAGCCAACUGUGACGGUAGAGGAAGAAGUCGACUGGACCAGGUACAACCCUCCUGCGGCUUUGCACACAACGCCGAAUUUUCAUGACGAUGUUCUCGUUCACAUAAUCAAGACAUCAAUCGACAGAAUACAAGCGCGCAACGCCGCAGAGCAUCGAAAAAGAGAGGAAGAAGAGGAGCAGCGGAAAAAGUCGAGUGAGCCAACGACCCCAGACUCUGAAGAGGAUGCAGCCGCCAAGGAACCAUAUCUUCCCAUCAUCAUACUCUCGGAUGACCCUCAACCCGUCUCCAUCUCUGAAGUGCAGGCCCACCUCGACGAAGCAGACAAAGAAGACCUUGAGAACCUUUUCUCCCACGACACACCUGUAUCCAGGAUGCCUUUUGAUUUUGACACCAAGCCAAAGAAGGGCCGCAAGUUCAAGCUCGCCCGCCUGCUCAAGCGUCUCGCCGAUAGGGACAGUGAAACUCCCCCAGUCGGAGACUCAUCAAAGAAUGAGGAGCCGUCUAGCUCAUCUGAGGUCACCAUCAAAUACGAAGAGCCACCGCUACCGCCAACGCCACCGGAAGAAGUUGAAUGCGUCUCCUGCCUAGAUGACUUUCCUCAGUCGGCUCUUGUCAAGAUUACCUGUCACAGCUAUUGCACCCCGUGUUUCCACCGCCUCAUCACAACCGCAUGCCAGAACGAGCAGCAGUGGCCCCCUAAGUGUUGCCUUAACACAAUCCCCGAGGAGACAACUCUCGCCCACAUUCCGGCCGACCUCCAGAAGACGUUCCGUCGCCGCGCCGAGGAGUGGGCUCUCCCGGCUCCAGAUCGAAUCUACUGCAGCCGACCCACCUGCUCACGCUUCAUCCCCACGAGGCGCGUCAACCACGCCACCCGCACAGCGCGCUGCUCCCACCGCAGCCAUCCUCCAACCUGCACCCUCUGCCGCGGCCCCGCUCACCCUACCGCCGAGGCGUGCCCCUCUGACCGCGACGCCGCCCUCACCGAGGCCCUCGCUGCCGAUGCCGGCUGGAUGCACUGCGGCGCGUGCCAUGCGCUCGUCGAGCAUCGUGAGGCAUGCCAGCACAUGACGUGUCGUUGUGGGCACGAGUUCUGCUACGUCUGCGCGCUACCGUGGCAGACGUGUGGAUGUACCAUGGAUUCGCUGGCGGAGAAGCUCGCGGCGGCAGCGGCGCGGGUCGAGGCGCGACUCCUGAGGGAGGCAGAGGAAGAAGAAGCCGUGCGAAUGGUGGAGGAGUUUGAGAGGGAGGAGAGACUCAAACAGGAGCUGCUCCGGGCCGAGGCCGAGAGGGCGGAAGCCGAGCAGAGAGCCGAGCGGGAGGCCAUCAGACAGAGCGAAGUCAAGGACAGGUUUGAGAAGCUGAGACGCCAGAUGGGGGAUCUGAGGGAGCUGCAGGAUGUGCUUGUAGGCUGGCAGCACGAUCGAGAGGUUGAAGUUCUCAAGGGCGAUGGUGCUGCUGAAGAGGAGGCUCUUAAGGAGAGGCAGCUCCGAGAGAGACUAGAAUACGACCAGACGGCACGCGACAAGGUCCAAGCGCGCGAGAUAUCGUUCAAACGGGACUACGCUUCGAGAGUCGCGGAGGAGAGGGACGUCGAGGCCAAGUACAUGCUCGAGCUGCAGGCUUUCUACGAAGGGCGCGUCGAGGGCGCGGAAAUGGUCGGCGACGCGAUGACGCUACUCCGGCGGCAGAUGGACAAGGGGUGGCGCGCCUGGAGCCAGUGGCGGGACGGUGAAAUGGCGGCGUAUCAGGCCCGCGUCGACGAGGAGCGGACCAUUCAGGAGGAGGGGCUCUGCAGCGUCAAGGCGAGGUUGGAGGACAGGCUGGCCGAGCAGGCGAGGGAGGCGACCAGGAGAACGGCAGCUGAGAUGAAAUGGGCUGAGGAGGUGUGGCGGGAGAGAGAGGCCAUGAUGGUGGAGCUGGAGAGGGAGGAGCUCGAUGACGAAGAGACCGGAAGCUGGUACAGCUUUAGGGAUGCCGAGGAGGAACUGCCUGGGGAGGCGGACGCUUCGGGGUCAGGGUCGGAAUCGCCAUCGGCAGCAAUUCCGGCUUGA